GAGCCGCCGUGCCCCGGAAGCAGUUCUUUGGCCCUGUGACACGUAGCAACGGGUCCAGUUCAGGGUCUAAAACUGAAUUUGGGGGUUAUUUGGGGCUGCUGGAGCUACUGCCGCCACCGCCUCCGCGUUUGAUCGUUUGCAAUGUCAGGCUUUGAUAACUUAAACACGGAUUUCUACCAGACAAGUUACAGCAUCGAUGACCAGUCACAGCAGUCCUAUGAUUAUGGAGGAAGUGGAGGACCCUAUAGCAAACAGUAUGCUGGCUAUGACUACUCGCAGCAAGGCCGAUUUGUCCCUCCAGACAUGAUGCAGCCACAGCAGCCAUACACCGGGCAGAUUUUCCAUCCAACUCAGACGUACACUCCAACCACAUCUCAGCCAUUCUAUGGAAACAACUUUGAGGAUGAGCCACCUUUAUUAGAAGAAUUAGGUAUCAAUUUUGACCACAUCUGGCAAAAAACACUAACAGUGUUACAUCCAUUAAAAGUAGCAGAUGGCAGCAUCAUGAAUGAGACUGAUUUGGCAGGACCAAUGGUGUUUUGCCUUGCCUUUGGAGCCACCUUGUUACUGGCUGGCAAAAUCCAGUUUGGCUAUGUAUAUGGGAUCAGUGCAAUUGGAUGUCUAGGAAUGUUUUGUUUAUUAAACUUAAUGAGUAUGACAGGUGUUUCAUUUGGUUGUGUGGCAAGUGUCCUUGGAUAUUGUCUUCUUCCCAUGAUCCUACUCUCCAGCUUUGCAGUGAUAUUUUCUUUGCAAGGCAUGGUAGGAAUCAUUCUCACUGCUGGAAUCAUUGGAUGGUGUAGCUUUUCUGCUUCCAAAAUUUUUAUUUCUGCAUUAGCCAUGGAAGGACAGCAACUUCUAGUAGCAUAUCCUUGUGCUUUGCUAUACGGAGUCUUUGCCCUAAUUUCUGUUUUUUGAACUGAAUUUAUCUGGGAUGUGGACAUCGUUGGGCAAAAUACACAAAAAGGACUCUGAACUCUUAAAUUGGACCAAGAAACUGCUACAGUGCAACUCUCAUGCAGAUCCAAUGUUCGACUGUUGGAGCAGUGGAAGUAAACGUGUAUCUGUUGUUCAUUUUUAUGGAACUUUUGAAUACUCUCUUGGAUUUACCUGCAAUAUGACUAGCUUUAAGUGUUUGUGCUUAUACAAAUAAGAAGUGCUAUUUCUUUCCUGUUCCUGCAGCCUUUGGAAAACAACUUUUCUCCAUGCAAAUUACAUUAGGGUGUUUUUGAUAGAUUUUUGUCAACUGUGGAAAACUAAUCACAGAGCUGAUAAUCUUUCUUAAAAACAACCCACUCAUAGUGAAGAAGACACAAGACGUACUACAGAAAUACUUUUUCAAGGAAUUAGGAAAGAAAAAUUCCCUGUAUUCUCGAGGCAGAUGUGCUUGAAGCAAAAAAGUGAGCCCAACCUAGAGUUUUAUGAGUUUGCACUUCAAAAAUUUGACAUUCCGUAAAUUAUCUCGUGAAAUUUUUGCUAAAAUUCGUCGAUUCAAGAAGUUCCCAGUCUACCUUAUUGUAGACGUGAAAUGUGAACAUCUGUUUAGAUAUUAGCAUUAACUAAACCAUAGUGACCGAGGUAGGCCACAUUAAUGUUCAUAGUUGGGUCUCCAUGUUUCCCAGGCAAAAAGAAAAUCACUAACCUUUUUUUGAGAAAAAUAUUUAAAAUGUCACAAUUUCAAUAUUGCAGUUAUCAAUGUAAAGUGCAUUUGCUGCUUAUUAAUUAAAAUUUUCCCAAUUCA